AUGGAUGGCAGACCAGCCCCUACAUGUCUUCUUGACAUCGUGGGUCCGCUGACUGACACAACUCCAAGUUGGAACUGGAUCUGGAAGCUGUGGUACCUUGCGCAGACCAUAUACGGAAUGGCGCCCUUCUUUUACUAUAACGGCUUGGCAGCUUCAUGGCCCAGAAUUCGGAUUCUGCUGGGGCGGCAAACCCGCGCUGUGGCCUUGGCGCAUCCAGAAUCUAUUACUGAAGAUGGCAUGCCCCUUGUUAAUGCUGUUUUUACCUGCCAUCCAAGCGGCAUGUCGCUGCCUCAAGACGCAGAGCCAAUCGCCAAGCCUGUCUCAGUGGCCAUUGGAGACAGGGAUAUCAUCACGCCCCCCAUGUCUCAGGUCAAUAUGAUGAAAGAGACUUGGAAGGAUUUGGAUACGGCUACAGAAGUGGUGGUGUACCCCGGAGCCGGGCACGGCUUCUGCGUGCGGGUAGAUGAGAAGAACAAGAAUCUGUUUCAACAGAGCAAGGAGGCGGAAAAGCAAGCUUUGGAUUGGUUUGCGAUGCAUUUUGGUUAA